AUGCAAUAUAAUUUAACAGAAGAAAAAAUCAAAAUUAUCCAAUCUCUUGGAAAACUUCUUAAAAAUGGAACAGAUCAUAAUGUUAUUAUUCACAUCGGAGAAUAUUCUAAUUCUAAAAAAUUUCUUGCUCAUACUGCUAUCUUACGCUAUAGAUCAGAUUAUUUUAACAAAAUACUUUCCGAAAAAAACAUCAAGAAAGAAGGCGGAAAAUAUAUAAUUAAGAAACCAAAUAUUACACCUCAAGCAUUUGAGGUCAUACUUGAGUACCUUUAUAUUGGUGAAAUUAAUAUCACUAACAAAACUGGAACCGAGCUUUUAAAUAUUAUGUUUGCUUCUAAAGAUCUAAAGUUAGAAGAAUUAGCUGAAUUUAUCAAGGAAUUUAUCAUUAAUCAUCAUCAUCUCCUUUUACAAAAUGAUCCUGUCGGAAUUCUUCAAAUCGUUAAUGAUAACAAUACUUUUAUAAAGAUAAAAGAAUUUUGUAUAGAAAAAAUUUGUUCUGAACCAGAGAUUCUCUUCAAAUCUGAUAAAUUUACUCAAUUAUCUGCCUCUUUAUUGGAAAUUAUUUUGAAACGCAAUGACUUGAAUUUAGAUGAAAUUGAAAUUUGGGAUAAUUUAAUAAAAUGGGGAUCAGCACAAGAAGAUCGAGAGAUCAAAAAUUUCUUCAAAUUUAUAAGAUUUUAUGAUAUAUCUUCUGAAGAUUAUAUAAUGAAAGUUAAAGAAUAUUUACCAGAAGAAUUAAGAGCAGAUCUUUUAAGAUUUUAUAUGAUUCCUGGACAUGAACCAGAAUGUAAAACUUUACCAAGGCGUAUUGUUGAUUCUGUUAUAAUUAAUCGAAAACAUGUAGAAGUUUUUGCAGAUUGGAUUGAUAAAAAAAAUAGUUGGAAUGUUGAAAAUAAUAACGGUACCAUUAAUUAUAAAUUUAAUCUUCUUUAUAGAGGUAGCAGAGAUGGUAAUACAAUCGCUGAAGUCCGUAAAAAAUGCAACAAUAAAGGAGCUACUAUAAUCGUAAUAAAAAUUAAGGAUUCCGAACAAGUAGUUGGAGGUUAUAGUCCUAUUGGAUGGGAUUCAAGUGAUACUUAUAAAUCCUCGGCAAACAGUUUUAUAUUUACAAUUCCAAACAGAAAGAACAUUCAAACCGCAAAAUUAGUUUAUGGUUAUGAUGAUCCAUAUUCCAUAUUAUGUCGUCAUUUCGCAAUAUUUGGUUAUAAUGAUUAUAAUCGUAAUUGGAAUGUUAAUAAUCCAUUUUCUUCUCCUAAAUUUGACGGUAUACCAAAAGGAAAUCUUUAUAUGGAUGAUUAUGAAAUUAUUCAAGUUGUCGAGAAAACUAGUGUUUCAAAGAAUAAUCUUGAAAACACUAGUCUUAUCAAGAGUACUGUUGAAAAUUUUGGUACCACCAUGAAAAAUAUAGAAUAUACUAGUAAAAAAAGCAAUCAAAAAAGCAUUUUGAAAAGAUUAAUAUGCGGGAAAUCUUAACACGUCACACUCUUUCUUUGGUAAAAAAAUUGCAAUUCAUUUAACCCGGCAUUUUGCGUGAAUAAAAAUAAUAAAAAUACAUAUAUUCAUUGAUAGCACCAUGAAAAGAUUAUAUUGGGAUUUGGGAGGCUAAGCAAAUGUUAAGAGGCCGUAGUUAUUUAUCAAUUUUUUUUGGAAAAUAACUAAAAUUAAACCGGAUCCCAGGAAUAAUCAU